AAAGUUCUUGAAAGUUUGAAUUUUGAGGUUUGUGUCAAGAUUAAUUCAUCAAAUAGUUAAAAAACUUUUACAUUCUUACAGAAUUGUUAUCUUUAUAUUACCAUUGCUCAUUUCAUUGAAUUCUUAAUUAAGUAUGGACCAAUGGAUUCGCGAACAAUUUAAGUCCAAAGGAGGGUUUGGUACGGCAACUCUGGAAAGUCGGAGAAGUGCUUUACAUACUAACAGGAAGGAGCACCGGAAUAUUUUAUUGAACAAAUUUCGUAACAUCCCUGAAAAUACUCUAUCUCCACUUAUGACCCCUAACGUAUCCCAAGUAAAGAAGGUACAAGGUAAAAGUACAAUUGCUUCUCAGUCAGGAGUAACAGGUAAUAAUAAGAGGAUGGAACUACUUAAGAAGUGGAGGGAAGAGAGGGAGAAAAAAAAGUUAGAAUCCAAGAAAAAAGCUAAGCCACCUUUCAAGGUAUUUCAUGUAGAUCAAACAGAUAAAUUAGAUGAUGUAUAUAAAACUAUCAAGGGGAAGCCAAUAAUUUCCAGGGGAAAUGUACCAAUGAAACUUCAUCCUCAGAAAGAAAUGAAUGAGAGUAAGUGUAAAACUAAUCUUGAAUCGGUAAGCAGCAAUCUUCAGAAUAAAUUGACAGAAAAGGCAUCUGAGAAAACCAAAGACUUCAAACAGAAAAAUGCUCCUAAUAGAACAAAUCCUAGCAGUGAAGUUCGAUUCAAGUCUGCUAAACAGCAAAAAGAAGUCAAGAAAUGUGAGACUAUCAGUUCAAAGUUUCGUAUGGAACAAAGAAAGAAAGAAAAUUUAAAGAAUUCAAAGACAAAUUCAAGGAUGUCUGGGAAAGCAAUUAAAACAACAAAUGAGAAAAUUCAACCUAGCGCUCAGAAAAUUUCAGAGGGAAAAUGUUUGGAAAUAAACAGUACUAUAAAAAGUAAAUCCCAACCGGAAAUUUUUCAGCAAUCUACUGAUGACCUUAAUUGUUCAUUAUCCGAAGUGCCACGUAAAAUAACAAGGUCCCAAAAGAAAACUAUGAGUGUAAAAACUGAUAAUACUGAGGAGUUGAUAUCAAAGAAGAGAUCUACAAGGAAAUCUAUUUCUGAACUUCCAGUUGAAAAUGGAAGCGCUUCUAAAAAUUCCCUCAUUGAAGGUCGAAAAAUAAAUAUGGACCAUGAAGAUGGACAGACAAAAGAGGAUGAUGACUCUCAAUGUGGGAAAAAGAAAAUUAGGACUCGUAGAUCAGUGACACAGAAUGCUCUGGACUCUAACAUAAAUAAUACUUCAGCUGACCUACAAAUUCAGCAGAAAACGCCCCGCAGAAGUAGCAGGAGAACAAGAAGAAAAACUACAGAAGAAGAAUCGAUAUCUUCUGCGAAAUUGCGAAAAAAGGAGAGGACUGAUGAAAGUUCUCUGAAAAGCACUCCUGUUAAAUCAAAGAAACCCAUUGAACAUAAUUCUGAUUUGAAUGAAGAUAGUGUUACAAAUACUCCUAGUAAAGGACCAGAAGAGAUUUGCUACAUCAGUCCAUUUGUUACUGUGAGUCGAGGAAAAGUAGCAGCCCGAAGGGAAUUUGAGAAGAGGAAAUCUCUCAACGGCUCUGUGCUCAAUACUUCCAUGUCUGGUACAUCAGAUCCCAGAAGUCCUAAGGCGGCUGCUGUUUACUUCACAAGGCAACUCGAGAAUGAAAUAAAAAGGAUUCAGAACUUGUGUGAAAAAUGGCAGAAUUACAAAGAUGAGGCUGAUCUUUCCGAAGACGCAUGUGGUCUAAUCGAUAUGACUAUUGGUCAAUCCAAUCUUCUGAUCACAAAGAAAUUCAACCAGUUCCGUGGUCUAAUAGAGAAAUGUCAAACAAAUGAUGAACUGGAUAUGAGGAUAAAAUGCGAGGACCUCCAUGGCUUUUGGGAUAUGAUGUACAAACAGGUAUCGGAUCUGGACAAGAGAUUUCAAAACUUGGAAGAUAUGAAGAUGAACAACUGGCUUGAAAAAGAACCAAAGAUAAAAACUCCUAAAAUUGCUGCCAAGGAAAAGAAGAAAAGUGGUCCCAAAAAAGUUUUGAAGGCUUCUUCAACUUUGAAGGAAACAAUUUUAGCUGCUAGAAAAAACCGUAUGAAAACUUUGAAAUCUGACUCGGACGUAGAAAUCUUAAUUGCCAGUAAGAAAAACACUCCAAGCAGACGGUCAAAGAAUAAAGAACAAAAUGAGAUAUCUACUCCUGCAAGAGGCAUUCUGAAGUCAAGUUCCGUCAAAUCUGAAAAGAGAAAAACCGUAGUGUUUCAAAAUGUGAGAGAUAGUACAGGUGGUGAUAAUGAUAGUUUGAGUUCAAGUCGUGUUAUUAAAGGUACUCCACUUCCAUCAAGAAAAUCAGAAAGAUUAAGUUUAAAUAAAAGCAAACUGGUUUUUGAUUGAAUUUAUUGUUCAACAUGGAUGUUUUAAUUAUUGUUUAUUUUUUAUAUUUGUUGUUUUGUAAUGCAUCAUUCUGCAAUAAAUGGGUAUCCUUCAACUGA